UUCGCUCUUCUUGACACAGGAAUCGACGUGACUGCGAACCAAGAAGAAGUUUCGGAUCACGAGACAUUCCAGCUCGAGUUCGACUGCUCCACGAAACGCUGGUACAUACGUACCAUGCAGGACAAGUACUGGACCCUGGAAACAGCCGGUGGGAUCCAAGCAGUCGCCGACAAAAGGUCGUCGAAUGCCUUGUUCGAGUUCACGUGGGGAGAAAAGGGGUCAGUGAGCUUCAGAGCCAAUAACGGCAAGUACGUGACGACCAAGAAGUCGGGUCACUUGUACGCCAACGCUGACAUCAUCGAGGACAACGCCAAGUUUUUCUUCCAACUCGCCAACAGGCCAGUGCUGGUGCUCAAGUGUGAUCAGGGCUUCGUGGGCACGCGGUCCGGCUCGACCCAGCUCGAGUGCAACAAGGCCUCCUACGACACGAUCCUGGUGGAGAAGGGCCCCAACGGCGUCGUGCACUUGCAGGGCAAGAACGGCAAAUUCUGGCGUCCCACAGGCGGCCAAGUCUCGUGCGACGCCGACCAACCCGACGGCUUCUUUUUCGAGCUGGCUGAGCCGUCGCGCGUGCGCAUCAAGACUGCGGACGCCCAAUUCCUGGCGGCCGCCAAGAACGGCGGCUUUAGCGUCGUCGCCGACGCGGAGAACGCGACACUCUGGGAGUACUGAAGGAAGCUUGUGGAGUGAGUGUUGUCGGGCGGAGAGGACAGAUGUCGCUGCUGCUCUGCGAAGGAAGAGGACGAUGGCGCUGGCAGACGAAUAAUAAUAUGAUGGGGAUGAAGAUAUGAUGAUGAUGCGAUGCCGAUGAGUUUUUUCGCGCCACAUCAGAACAUGUUUUUGAUGGAACUUCGGGGAUCCUUUAUCUUUCGCCAUAAUCAAUGAUUAUUUAUGUAUUUCUUGAGUUCUUCACAUCAGUGCUGGAGCUUGGUUUGCUGCGCAUUUGCAUGAGCAGAGAGCUGAUCAGAGUUCUCUUCGAGUUUUACUCUGAUUAUUCUGAAGUCACUAUUUAAUCCUCUUCUCACUUAAUAAGGUGACUAAAAU